AUGCUGAGACCAAACCCUUUUAACGCUAAGGUUACCAAUGUUGAGCCAUUGAGCCAGGGCAAGUGGAUUCAAACUCGCAAAAUAGACUACAUUGAUGCUGCCGGCAACCCUCGAGUCUGGGAAAUGGCGGUGAGAACCACCCAGCCCGAACUGGGAGUCGAUGCCGUGCUGGUGUUUCUGUUACUCAAAGGUGAUGGUCCUGCAAGAGUAGUUCUUGUCAAGCAGUUCCGGCCUCCCGCUAACAAAGUGAUGAUCGAAAUGCCCGCGGGGCUCGUCGAUCCCAAUGAAAAGGUGGAAGUUACUGCUGAACGGGAACUUUACGAAGAAACUGGCUAUCGUGGCAAGUGUAUCCGGGUCACUCCCAUGAUGUUUGCUGACCCGGGACUUGCUAACGCCACCAUGGUUAUGGCGCAAGUUGAAGUUGAUCUCACCAAACCCGAAAACCAAAACCCUCAACAAAAAUUGGAUGAUGGCGAAUAUAUUGACGUGUUCACGGUGCUGGUGAACAACUUCCGUCAUGAAUUGGACAAGUUGAUUGCUGAAGGUUGCGCUGUCGAUGCCAAACUUUACCACUUUGCCCUCGGCUUAGAAAUGGGGCCUACGUUAUGA